AAACUUGCGACUACGCACUCUGGUUUUAAACGGUAUUUCAAUGCAGCUCAGCAUCACUGACAUGUGGAUGUACUGAAUCGCCGUUCAUUUAGAUGAGUUGUAAACAUGUCGUUUAAAGUCGCGAAAGCGGAGUGUUUAGACUUUAGUCCAACAUUUGAUUCUCAUUGUAGUCGCGAUAAACCCGGCAAGGAAAACAACACUUCAAUUCCUGUGCUGAGUUUGCUUCAGUUUUCUAGGUCUCCUUUCGUGUCGUUUGGGACGAUCAAGUUGGGAUCAUCAAAAUCUCUGCCUUUACGAAUCGAAAAUCCCACCGAGGAUGCAACAACGACAGUCAUUGUGGAUAAAAUUUCAGCAUCCAACGGCUUUUCGGUUGAUCAGAGGUCUUUUACAAUACAACCUGAAGACAGCAUUAUUUUAACUCGCCAUCAAAUACGCCGUCCUGAUAGCAGACGCCGUAAAAAUGUGCGUAAAUGCACCCCAGAGAGGUUUGGAAAGCCAUUGUGCUUUGAGAGUCCACUUCCGGUGAUUGGACAAUUCGCACAAGAUCAAAGUCGAGAGUCAGAGAAACCGUCUCUGUCUGUAAAAGAUGCUCUGGAUGUUAUAGGAUCAGAUCUGUCGCAUGCGGUGAGUCCACCUAAUGCUUGCUCAAGCUUUGAUUUUUCUGAUUCUCUUGAGUCUGAAAAACCAGAUCCAGAAACUUCAUUUAGAGCAGCUGCAGUCAUUUCACCACCAGUUGAAGGUGCUCACCCAAGGUUGACUUUCUGUGUGAAACCCAACAAAGUCAUAGGCAUUGAAUCAAAUCUUGAUGCAUUUAGGCUGCAGGCGUUAACUUUUAGCAGCACCACAGUGACCAAGUCAAAUAAAGUGGAUGAUGCCCUUGUUCCUGAUGGUCCCAAGAAGUUUCCUGUGAAUUCUACCACAGUGACCAAAGGCAAAGCAGAAGCUUCUGUCGAGAGUCCAGGCUUGCGUAAGAAGAAAACCUCCAGGCGCAGGCUCUUGGAGAAGACCUUAGAGCUCUCAGAACCAAGUAAUGCAGAAUCCAACACAAGUUCUCCUGACAGCAUCUCUGCUUUACCUGUCAUUAGCUCAGAUUCAAGUCCAGAUGUGGCACUAGAGCCCACAUUUUCUCUAACUUCAAUACAGGUUUCAAAAGAGAAGCCAAUCUUAAAGUUAUCCCCUCCUGAGCAGCUUUUGUCUUCUAUAUCUCCCAUACAACCUCAAGUUUUGCCCUCCGUUAGUAGCUGCCCGUCAAGCGGUCUGGAGUCAGCAGCUGGUAACGUCUCUGACAAAGUGCAACCAGGUCUUAAUCAGGAUCCUGUGGAAUGCAGGACAUUUGUGCAGAGUAAAAAGAGAAAAAGUGAUGAGUUUUUGAGAGGUCACUCGGAAGACAAGUCAAACAUCCGAGCAAAAAAGUGCCGUGCUCCGGCUCAUGCAACAGAGAGACCAAGCCAUGAAAGAACGUUCACUUCAAGGUCCACAUCUGGACAGCAACGAAAAGCUAUAGCUCCACCAAGUUCAAGAAAGUUCACAAAACCUCCACCAAAGAAAUCCUCUCCAAAAACGACUCAAAAAGAUGGUCGGUCUGUGAAGUCACUGAGCAGCUCAAGUCGAAAGACUGCAAGGAUCGUGGCUGUAGCGCAGGCCAAACUGACUUUUAUGAAGCCGACACAGACUGCCAUACCGAGACAUCCACUGCCAUUUGCUGCAAAGAACAUGUUUUAUGAUGAACGAUGGAUUGAGAAGCAGGAGCGGGGCUUCACCUGGUGGAUGAAUUAUAUUCUCACUCCUGAUGACUUCAAAGUUGCUACUGAAGUUACCAAAGUGAAUGCCUUAUCAUUAACUAUGGGGAACGACAAAUUCAACAUACCCAAAGCACCUACAAAAGAAGAGAUGUCUUUUAGAACCUACACAGCCCGUCAACGGCUAAACCGCCUUCGACGAGCAGCUUGCAAGCUUUUUACAUCAGACACCAUGGUAAAGGCCAUCCAGAGACUCGAACUGGAAGUGGAAGCCAAGAGGCUCCUUGUGCGAAAGGACAGACAUCUCUGGAAGGACAUAGGUGAGCGUCAGAAAGUUCUUAACUGGCUGAUAUCAUACAAUCCACUUUGGCUGCGAAUCGGAUUUGAGACAAUCUUUGGAGAGCUAAUAUCACUUGAAAGCAACAGUGAUGUCAUGGGACUGGCCAUGUUUAUUCUUGGACGUCUGCUGUGGAACCCAGACUUAGCUGCUGAGUUCAGGCACCCUAAAGUGCCCCAUUUGUACAGAGAUGGCCACGAGGAGGCGCUUUCUCGCUUCACUUUAAAGAAACUAAUCCUGCUCGUCUGCUUCCUGGAUAAAGCCAAAGAGUCCAGACUGAUCGAACAUGAUCCUUGUUUGUUCUGCAUGGAUGCUGAAUUUAAGUCAAGCAAAGAUCUGCUCCUAGCGUUCUCUCGGGACUUCCUCAGCGGUGAAGGCAUUUUGUCACGGCACCUCAGCCACUUGGGCCUAGAUGUAUCCCAUGUUCAGACACCUCUGGAUGAGUUCAACUUUGCCGUGAAGAAUCUUGCUGUUGACUUGAGAUGUGGCAUUCGUUUGGUACGGGUCAUGGAGCUCUUCACUCUGGACUGGACUUUGUCUAGAAAGCUGCGGAUACCCGCUAUUAGCCGCCUGCAGAAAGUGCACAAUGUUGAUGUUGCACUACAGGUUCUGAAAGACAAAGGUGUUGACCUUAGAGAUGAGCAUGGAGCGAACAUUGACUCCAGAGACAUUGUGGAUGGACACAGGGAAAAGACCCUAAACCUCCUGUGGAAAAUCAUAUUUGCCUUCCAGGUGGAAGUGCUACUUGAUGAGAAUCAGCUCAAAGAGGAAAUAAGUUUCCUCCGGAAAACGUGGAGGACAAAACAGAAGCUGGCCUCAUUAAUGGCUAACGGUGGGAUUGCAGUGACCAGGAUGAAGGCGAGACAAGCAUUUGAACAUCCCAGCCAAAAAGUGACACUGCUUAUGGACUGGAUCAGUGCAGUUUGUGAGUUCUACAGUUUAAAGGCUGAAAACUUCACGGUGUCAUUCUCAGAUGGUCGUAUCCUGUGCUACCUCAUUCAUCAUUACCAUCCUGGUCAUCUCCCUGCAGAAGAGAUUCAACAGAGAACAACGCAGACCAUUGAAUGUGGCCAUCGUGGCAGAGUGGAGCUCAAUAACUCCUCGACUGACUCGGACUGCUCUUUUGAAAAUUUGCCCACAGUACAAACUGAAUCCCCGUCAGUGAACUUCAGAGAGCUACUUGAGAAUGAGAGAAGUAACUUUCAGUUGGUGAACACUGCCGUGUCUUAUCUUGGAGGGGUGCCUGCGAUGAUAAAUCCAGAGGAUAUGUCCAACACCAUCCCAAAUGAAAAGGUUGUCAUGUGCUACCUCUCCUUCCUCUGUACCCGUCUUUUGGAUCUCCGCAAUGAAACGAGAGCAGCCCGGGUCAUCCAGGGUGCAUGGCGGAGAUACAAGCUACAGAAGGACAUUGAGAUUAUUCAGCAAAAGAACUUGGCUGCCACUAAAAUCCAAGCCGUUGUGCGGAAGUUCAUCUUGAGAAGAAGAAUGAUUCAACAAAAUAAAGCAGCCAUCAGGAUCCAGAAAUUCUGGAGAGGAUACGUUGCACAGGAAAAGUUGAGAGUGCUGAAAAAUGAGAAACAGUUUGCUCUUCAAAAUGCAGCUGCAACUGUAAUUCAGAAAUUAUUCAAAGCUUGGAGGAUUCAAAGUCUCCUAAAGAAAAACCAUGCCGCCUCUGUGAUCCAAGCAGCUUUCCGGAAGUGGCAUGCAAAAAGAUUGCUGGAAAGAAAUGCUGCAGCCUUGCGCAUUCAAGCAUGGUACAGAAUGCAGUGUUGUAAAUCCCAAUACCUGGAUAUGAAAAGGAAAUCUGUUUGUGUUCAAGCAUGGUUCAGAGGUCACCUUCAAAGGUACAAGUUCCAGGCUUUAAAGAAAAGGCAUGAUGCUUCAGUUGUCAUUCAGAGUGCAUUCAGGGCCUACCUCGUCAGAAAUCACAUAUCUAAAAUGAAGCAAAAUGCAGUUUUGAUUCAGAGGUGGUUUCGAGCCUGCAUUCUAAGAAAAGCAGAACAGAAGAGGUAUGUUAAGAUUAAAUGGGCAGUUCUCGCUCUGCAAGCAGCUUUCCGUGGCUGGAAAGUCCGACGAUCUGUGGCUCAGCACCACCAAGCUGCACUUCUGAUUCAAACUGCUUUCAGGCGGUUUAUGGCCCAAAGGCACUGUUUACGUUUAAAAAGAUCGGCCAUUGUUCUGCAACAGAGAUUCAGAGCUAAAGUACUUGGAGACAAGUUACGACAAGAGUAUAUGGCUCUUAAACUCGCUUCAGUAACAAUUCAAGCAAUUUGGCGAGGAUGUGCUGAGAGGAGGAAGAUCAGUCAACUUCACAGAUUUGCCAAAAUCAUUCAGUCGAACUACCGUAGAUAUGUGGCACAGACACGGUUUUUGGAAAUGAAACGGGCUGCCAUAGUCAUUCAAAGACAAUACACAGCCUUCAGAGAUGGGCGGAAAGUGUACGCAGAAUACACUGAAAUGAAAAGAGCAGCCAUUGUGCUACAGAGUGCUUAUCGUGGCAAGAGAGCAAGACAAGAACUGCAGAAGAAAAACAAAGCAGCGACUUUGAUUCAGUCUGUGAUAAGAGCACAUAGUUGCCGUCAGAGGUUUUUAGCUCUAAAACAUGCAGCUAUUGUCAUUCAGCAACGCCAUCGGGCUUUCGCACUUGGACGGUUGGAAAGAAGCCAUUACGUCCAUUUGAGGCAGGCAACUAUAACUCUACAGGCCAUAUAUCGGGGUUCCAAAGUGAGGCAAAAUCUGAGACAAGAGGAUCAAGCCGCUACUAUCAUUCAAUCUCAAUUCCGAAUGCAUAAGGUACGCAUUGCCUUUCUUGCUGCAAAGUGCGCAGCUAUCAUCAUACAGCAGCAAUACAGAGCCUACAGAGUUGGCAAAUGCAUGCAAGCUACUUACUUGCAAAUGAAAAAUGCUGCUGUAGUUAUUCAGUCAGCAUUCAGGGGAAUGAAAGUUCGCAGCUACUUAAGAAAAUCUCACCAAGCGGCAACAGUGAUUCAGGCACAUUUCCGUGGACAUUCCCAACUCAAAAAGUACCAAAGACAACAGUGGGCCGCAUCAGUUUUACAGCAGCGAUUCAGGGCAGUGAUGACUAAAAAUACUGUCAUGAACGAAUAUAUAGCCAUAAAAACAGCUGCCAUAUGUAUCCAGUCAGCUUUCCGUGGAAUGAUGGUAAGAAAGCAAAUUGCAGAAAGUCACAAAUCUGCAAAAAUGAUCCAGAAGACAUAUAGAGCAUACAAGCAACGCCAUGAUUACCUUACUCUCAGAAAUGCCACUAUUCGUGUUCAGCAACAGUACAGAGCAAUUGUAAGUGCAAGGCAACAACACAAAAGGUAUUGCUCCUUGAGAUCAGCCGCCAUCACUUUGCAGUCUAUGUACCGAGGGUUGAGGGUAAGGAAGGAAAUCGACAGAAAGCAUAAAGCGGCCUCUGUGAUUCAGGCAAUGUACAAAAUGUACAGAACUAGGGUACCAUUCCAAGCUAUGAAACUGGCUGCAUUGGUCAUACAGAGGCAAUACAGGUGCCAUCUACUGAGAAAAGAGGCAAGAGAGAACUUUUUGAAGCUACGGUGUAGUGCAACUGCAAUUCAGGCUAUUUACAGAGGAAAUCGUACACGCCGUGACAUUGCUAGAAUUAAUUUUGCAGCCACGGUCAUUCAAAGGAAGUACCUUGCCCACAAACAGAGAAAGUGCUUUUUGUCCAUCAGAGCUGCUGUUGAAUUCUGUCAACGGCACUAUAGAUCCGUUUUGGUAGCAAGGCGCGAUCGGAGAGAUUAUUUUGCCAACCGCCGAGCUGUUGUUGCAAUCCAGGCAACUUUCAGAGGAAUGCAGGUCCGGCGACAGAUCCGAAGAGAGCAUGAAGCUGCAACAAUCAUUCAGUCCCAUGUGAGGAAGCACAUCUUCAAGUUGCGCUUCCAGCGACUUCGGUGGGCAGUCUGUACUGUUCAGCAACGUUUCAGAGCUAACAAAAUGAUGAGACGAGAGAUGGCAGCACUGCAGGAACAGAAGAGUGCUGCCUUGAUUCUGCAAGCAGCCUAUCGUGGCAUGAAGUCCAGACAGACUUUGAAGCAAAUGCAUCAGGCUGCCACCACCGUUCAGGCGACUUUCAGAGCUUAUAGUGCUCGUAAACUGUAUUUAGCCAUGAAAUGCGCUGCCAUUGUCAUUCAGCGAAGGUUCCGUGCCACAAAGGUAGCAAAACAGCAGAGGAAGCAUUUUCUUGAAAUGUACCAUGGUGCACUUGUUCUUCAAGCAUGUUAUAGAGGUCUUAAAGUUAGAAGGCAGCUACUACAACAGCGUCAAGCAGCUGUCUUGAUUCAGUCUUAUUUUAGGAAACACAAAGAGAUGGUUAAGUACCAGGCCAUGAGGUUGUCAGCUAUCAUUAUCCAGAGGCAUUACAGAUCAUACAUCCAGGCUACAGCAGAUCGGGAGAACUAUCUACGUUUACGAAAGUCCGCCAUUGUCCUUCAAGCAGCUUUUCGAGGACACUCUCUAAGGAGACAACUGGCAGAAAAGCAAGAAGCGUCCAUCAUCAUACAGGCUGCUUUCCGGAUGUACCAGCAAAGGUCCACAUUUAAGAGACACCGCUGGGCAGCAAGGGUCCUCCAGCAGAGAUUUAGAGCUCGGAAACGUCGAGACGAGCAGAUGCGUAGAUACCAGCAGGUAAGAAAUGCUGCUGUAUGCCUGCAGAAGUCUUUCAGAGGGAUGAAGGAGAGAGAACUGUCCAGACGAAGCAAGGCUACAAGAACCAUCCAGUCCUACCUAAGGAUGGCUGUCCAACGACAGCGUUUCUUGAAAGAAAAGGCUGCGGCAAUUGCGAUUCAGUCUGCGUACAGAGGCCAUUGCGCCAGAGUUCAGCAUGCCAGGAUGCAAGCAAACUCAACUGUCAUCCAGAAGUGGUACAGAUCACUUAAACUGGUCCAGAAAGAUCAGAAUGGUUUUGUUGCUCUUAAGCAAGCUACGCUUACCUUGCAAUCUGCCUUGCGUGGAAUGCUAGCGAGGAGGCUUGCAAAAAGAAGGUGGGCUGCAAUCAAGAUUCAGUCUGUGAUGCGCAUGCAUGUACACCGCAAAUGCUACAUGACGCUUCGCUCAAGUGUCCUGAAGUUGCAGGCUCAUUACAGAAUGUUUGUGGCCCAAAGAAGAUACCGCAGGUUGCAGGCAGCAACUGUUACUUUCCAAAAGCAUUACAGAGCUCAUAGGGCAACAGUGGAGCAGAGGAGCAGUUAUCUGAAGACUCUCCAGAGCAUAAAGAUCCUUCAGGCUAGAGUGCGUGGACACAUUGAGUACAGAAGUUUUCAGAGAUUGCGUGCAAGUGCCAUCACAAUUCAGUCACGUUACCGAGGAUUGAUUGAGAGACGCAGGUUUCAGCAACUCAAGGAAUCUGUGUUGGUCAUACAGAAGUGUUACAGAGCUUUCCGUCUCUUCCAGAGAGAGCGUGCACAGUUUCUUCAACUGCGAAAGUCUGCUGUUGUGAUACAAAGAGCAUUUCGGGCUUAUCAAACACGACAACAUGCUGUGCGAGCACAGGCAGCUCGGAAAAUUCAGGCCUGGUUCCGAGGACGCAUAGCUAGACGAAACUACAUUUUAAAACAAGCUGCUGUUGCAACCAUUAGUCGGUGUAUUCAAGCAAGACGCCAGCGUUCAAGAUUUCUAGCAGUCCAGCACAGUGUCCGAGCCAUUCAGCAAAGAUGGAGGGAAACUCUAAUCGCCAGAAAACAGCACGCUGACUUCUUGAGGUUUACAAAAUCUGUUAUAUACAUCCAGGCACUAUGGAGAGGUCAAAGAGUGAGAGAUUCCAUUCAAAAGCAAAUAACCGCUACUGUGAAGAUACAGUCAGCUUUCAGAGGCUUUAGCCAAAGACGUCGAUAUUACCAACAGAGAGAUGCUGUCAUAAUUCUACAGCGCCAUUUCCGAGUUUUGCGGCUGGCCAGAAUUAAAGAAAAAAAUCGAAGAAGACAACACAAUGCCACUGUCUAUCUUCAGGCUUUGUGGCGUGGUUGGCUUGCGAGACAACAGGUAAAAGAAAUGGCUUGUGCUGCAAGACGCCUCCGUUUCACAGCUGCUGUUUACCAUCAUCUCUGUGCAAUAAAGAUUCAGAGAGCUCUGCGAGCACACUGGGCUCUUAAAUCCGCCAAGAGGAAGAUCUCUUCGGUCCUUUACAUCCAGCAAUGUUUCCGGGCAAAGCUGCAGAGAAAGAGAUAUCUUAAAGACCGAGAAGACAUCAUCAAGACCCAGAAGGCAGUGAGAACUUGGUUACAUCGUCGCAACAAAGCUGCCGCUACUAUCCAGCAUGAAGUUAGGAAGCUCCUUCUGAGACGCCGCAAGGAGAGGCUACAACGUGGAAUAAUAAUGGCACAGGCACUCUGGAGGGGUCAUUGUUCAAGAAAACAUCAUGACACAAGCAAAGUCAUUUCCAUGAGGCAUCGUCUCAGGAAAGUCAAUCAAGGGGUGAAGGAAGAGGACAAGCUGUGUAACAAGACCACAACAGCGCUAAGCUACCUGCUUGGACUUCAGAAUUAUGCUUACAUUCUUGCAGCCUUGAAACAUUUGGAUACUGCCACCAGACUUUCACCAGAGUGCUGUGAACGUCUUGUGGAAAGUGGAGCAACACACACCAUCUUCACUCUGAUAAGGAGCUGCAACAGAAGUGUGCCUUCAAUGGAGAUCAUCACAUUAUCCAUCCAAGUCCUUCUCAACUUAUCAAAAUACAACAGAACCAUUGAUGCAGUUUAUGAAGUGGACAGCUCUGUAGAAACCCUACUGGAGCUUCUGCAGAUCUACCGGGAAAAGGCUGGAGAUAAGGUUGCAGAAAAAGGAGGCAGCAUCUUUACCAAGGCUUGUUUUCUCUUGGUCCUCUUAGUCCAGGAUGAAAGAAGAGCAAUGGUCAAGUAG